AUGGUAAAAUUUCAUGGACAAUCUCUCAUGACUUCAUAUGGAAACGGUUUUUCAAAUUCAGAGUCAGGAAAGCCAGUGAAAAAAUUUUUUCACACAUUUAUAUUGGCAGGUAUCUUGAUUUUGAAUCUAUCUAUUAUUACAGCAUUUCUUAUCAUUUGGAAAUAUUCUCCUGUUAAUGAGACAAAUGUUCAUUAUACUAUAAUUGCAUUAAUUAUUAUCUGCAUUUUAUUUAUUCUUUUUAUUCUUUUCGCAAUUAAAUAUUCUCAUUUUAAUGGACAAAAAAAUUUGAAUGAAAAAGUUAUUGAAGUACAAAUUGUAUAUCCAGAACCUGAACAAAAAUAUUUAACGGGUACAUUAUUAUCACGUUUAAUCUCUACAAAUCCAAAUACAUCUAAAAUUAAUCGAAUGUCAUCAAGAGCAAAAACAAUAACAGAAACACUAUCAUCUGUAUCAAUAUCAAGAGGUGCUUCUAAAUCUACAAAGAGUGUUAAAAGUUUAUCAAAAUCAACAUCAUCAACUAAUAGUACAAAAUCAUCAAUGAAUGAGGAACCUCAAAACACACUAGAUCAUUUAUCAUUUUCAUCAUGUGAAGAGGAUAAUUGUACUUAA